CCGGACCACCGCCAGCCCCCGGACCACCGCCAGCCACCUCACCCCACAGCUAGGAGGACCGCUCCUGGGAGCAGAGACCGGCCCUGCUCGGGGCCCCCGGGGGCCAGGAUUACUGCCAGUAUCCCCCGUUGGGACCGGCUGGGGGGAGCCCGGAACAUGGCGUCCUAUGUGGAUAACAGCUUCAGGCAGGCUGUGAUGAAACCCCCGGCUGACAGGAGCCCACAGGACCUUGAGAUUGUUUAUUCGUACCUUCAUGGAAUGGAAGCUCUGUCCAAUCUUCGGGAGCACCAGCUGAGAUUGAUGUGUGAAACCGUCCGAUACGAACGACAUGAAGCUAAUGAAGUCUUGUACUACCCAGAUGAUAUUGGGACCUGUUGGUAUAUUCUUUUGUCCGGUUCAGUAUUCAUCAAAGAGUCCAUGUUUCUCCCGCGGAGCAGCUUUGGAAAACGCUCUGCGGGAAGCUUCAGACGUGGCUGUGAAUGCAUUGUAUUGGAGCCCUCCGAAAUGAUUGUGGUGGACUAUAUGGAUGAAAAUGAAGAAUAUUUCCAGCGUCAAGCAUCGCAUAGGCAAUCACGCCGGAGAUUCCGGAAGAUUAACCAAAAAGGAGAGCGACAAACAAUUAUCGAUACAGUGGAAUCCUACCCUGUUGGCAAACCUCCUCUUCCAAGAGGCUACCACACGGAAUGCACUAAACCUCAGCUUCCUGCUGAUUUCACCAAACUACACAUCACAGACAGUCUACAUCCACAGGUGACCCAGGUAUCUUCCAGCCAUUCAGGAUGUAGCAUCACCAGUGAUUCUGGAAGCAGCAGCCUGUCUGAUAUCUACCAGGCCACAGAGAGUGAGCCGGGAGAUAUGGACCUGAGCGGGCUGCCUGAGACCGCUGUGGAUUCAGAAGAUGACGAUGACGAGGAGGACAUUGAGAGGGCUUCAGACCCUUUGAUGAGCCGCGAUAUUGUCAGAGAUUGCUUGGAAAAGGAUCCAAUUGACAGAACAGAUGAUGAUAUUGAACAACUCCUGGAAUUCAUGCAUCAACUGCCUGCUUUUGCCAACAUGACCAUGUCUGUUAGGCGAGAGCUGUGUGCGGUUAUGGUGUUUGCUGUGGUGGAGCGAGCUGGAACCAUCGUACUAAAUGAUGGGGAGGAGCUCGAUUCCUGGUCGGUUAUUUUAAAUGGCUCAGUGGAAGUGACAUAUCCUGAUGGGAGAACAGAAAUACUUUGCAUGGGGAACAGCUUUGGCGUCUCUCCAACCAUGGAAAAGGAAUACAUGAAGGGAGUGAUGAGAACCAAAGUGGAUGAUUGCCAGUUUGUGUGCAUAGCCCAGCAGGAUUACUGUCGCAUACUCAACCAAGUGGAAAAGAACAUGCAGAAAGUGGAGGAGGAGGGUGAGAUUGUUAUGGUGAAAGAGCACAGAGAGCUUGAUCGCACUGGGACGAGGAAAGGUCACAUUGUCAUCAAGGGAACAGCAGAACGUCUAACGAUGCAUCUUGUUGAAGAACAUUCCGUGGUGGACCCUACCUUCAUUGAAGACUUCCUCUUGACCUACAGGACUUUCCUUUCAAGUCCAAUGGAAGUUGGAAAGAAGUUGUUGGAGUGGUUUAAUGAUCCUAGCCUCAGGGACAAAGUUACACGUGUAGUGCUACUGUGGGUAAACAAUCACUUUAAUGACUUUGAAGGUGACCUUGCCAUGACACGCUUUUUAGAGGAAUUUGAAAACAACCUGGAGCGGGAGAAAAUGGGUGGCCAUCUGAGGUUAUUAAAUAUUGCAUGUGCUGCCAAAGCAAAGCGAAGAUUGAUAACACUUACAAAGCCGUCUCGGGAGGCCCUUUUGCCGUUUACCCUGCUGGGAGGGUCAGACAAAGGCUUUGGCAUCUUUGUAGACAGCGUGGAUCCUGGAAGCAAAGCUGUGGAGGCUGGCUUAAAGCGAGGGGAUCAGAUUUUAGAGGUCAACGGUCAAAACUUUGAAAAUAUUCAGCUUCCCAAAGCUAUGGAAAUCUUGAAGAACAAUACUCAUUUGUCUAUCACUGUGAAAACCAAUUUAUUUGUGUUUAAAGAGCUUCUGUCCAGAAUGCUGGAGGAGAAAAGGAACAGCGCCCCCCACUUGCCAAAAAUUGGUGACAUCAAGAAAGCUAGUCGGUAUUCUAUUCCAGAUCUGGCUGUUGAUGUCGAACAAGUUAUAGGACUUGAAAAAGUGAGCAAGAAGGGAAAAGCCAACACGGUUGGUGGGAGAAACAAGUUGAAAAAGAUUCUUGACAAAACACGGAUCAGUAUCCUGCCCCAGAAGCCUUACAAUGACAUUGGAAUUGGUCAGUCUCAAGAUGACAGCAUUGUGGGACUCAGGCAGACAAAGCACAUGCCAGCCACCCUGCCCGUCAGUGGAACCUUAUCUUCUAGCAAUCCUGAUUUACUGCAGUCUCACCACCGCAUCCUGGAUUUUACAGCCACUCCAGAUCUACCUGACCAGGUGUUGAGAGUUUUUAAGGCAGACCAGCAGAGCCGUUAUAUCAUGAUAAGCAAAGAUACAACUGCUAAGGAAGUGGUCAUUCAGGCCAUCAGAGAGUUUGCAGUAACCGCUGUCCCUGAUGCGUAUUCCUUGUGUGAGGUGUCAGUCACCCCUGAAGGUGUCAUCAAGCAGAGGCGGCUCCCCGAUCAACUGUCUAAACUAGCAGAUAGAAUACAACUCAGUGGCAGGUAUUACCUUAAAAAUAACAUGGAGACAGAAACUCUGUGCUCAGAUGAAGAUGCUCAAGACCUCCUGAGGGAAAGCCAGAUUUCAUUGCUGCAGCUGAGUACUAUUGAAGUAGCCACGCAACUCUCCAUGAGGAAUUUCGAGUUGUUCCGCAACAUUGAGCCAACAGAGUACAUUGAUGAUCUAUUUAAACUGAAAUCAAAAACUGGCUGCACCAAUCUUAAAAGCUUUGAAGAUGUCAUUAACCAAGAGACCUUCUGGGUGGCCUCGGAAAUCCUGAGGGAGACCAACCAACUAAAGCGAAUGAAGAUAAUCAAGCAUUUCAUAAAGAUUGCACUACACUGUAGGGAGUGCAAAAACUUCAACUCAAUGUUCGCCAUCAUUAGUGGAUUGAAUUUAGCACCCGUCUCAAGGCUUCGAACAACAUGGGAUAAGCUGCCCAGCAAGUAUGAGAAGCUGUUCCAAGAUCUACAAGAUCUAUUUGACCCAUCAAGGAACAUGGCCAAAUAUCGCAAUGUUCUCAAUAACCAGAACCUCCAGCCACCUGUCAUACCCCUAUUUCCUGUCAUCAAGAAGGACCUUACUUUUCUGCACGAGGGCAACGACUCCAAAGUAGAAGGUUUAGUGAACUUUGAAAAGCUUAGGAUGAUUGCAAAAGAAAUUCGCCAUGUUGGUCGAAUGGCUUCAGUAAACAUGGAUCCUGCUUUGAUGUUUAGGACAAGGAAGAAGAAAUGGAGAAGUUUGGGGUCUCUAAGUCAAGGUAGUACCAACGCCACAGUACUGGAUGUAGCGCAGACUGGUGGACACAAAAAACGAGUUCGACGUAGUUCAUUCCUUAAUGCUAAGAAAUUGUAUGAAGAUGCCCAGAUGGCGCGCAAAGUUAAGCAAUAUUUGGCCGAUCUGGAUCUUGAAAUGGAUGAAGAGAAUCUACAAACACUUUCUUUUCAGUGUGAGCCAGCAACAAAUACAUUGCCAAAAACCCCUUGUGAUAAGAGAUCAGGGAAACCAGACACGUCACCUGUAGCACCGAGGGCAGCAUCACAGCAGAAACCCCAGCAGCAGCCUCCAUCCAAGGUGAAUCAGGCGUUACAAGUGCCUGCUGUAUCUCUGUACCCCUCUCGAAAAAAAGUUCCAGUCAAGGAUCUACCACCUUUUGGAAUCAACUCCCCACAAGCUUUAAAGAAAAUUCUAUCAUUAUCAGAAGAAGGGAGUUUGGAAAGGCACAAGAAGCCAGCUGAAGACACCAUAUCAAAUGCAUCAUCUCAGCUUUCCUCCCCUCCAACCUCACCUCAGAGCUCUCCGAGAAAAAGUUAUACUUUGGCAGCUAGUGGCACUGUGGAUAAUUUCUCUGACUCUGGACACAGUGAGAUCUCAUCCCGUUCUAGCAUAGUCAGUAAUUCCUCAUUUGAUGGUGUACACCUCCAUGAUGAUCGAAGACAAAGGCAUUCCGUGAGCAUUGUGGAAACAAAUCUUGGAGUUGGGAGAACUGAUCGCAGAGCCCUUGCAGAACAUGACCAGAGCUGCAUAGGGUCCUAUGCGCCAUUGACAGAUAACAGAGGCUUGUAUGCUGGUGCCACAGUUCUGUCCUCUCCUAGCAUGGAGGAGCUGUCUCAGGACCAGGGUGAUAGAGCGUCACUUGAUGCUGCUGAUAGUGGUCGAGGCAGCUGGACAUCUUGCUCAAGUGGAUCUCAUGACAAUAUACAAACUAUACCGCAUCAGAGAAGUUGGGAGACACUUCCUUUUGGCCAUGUCCAUUUUGACCACACAGCAGAUGGGCCAGCAUAUUGGGCCUCAGGUCAUGUGGAUCCAGCUAUAUUUUCUGAUCAUAGCACAAAGUAUGGCAGACACAACCAGGGAAGAGAAGCAUUAGAGCAAGCACAGUCCAGAGCAAGCUGGGCGUCAUCAACAGGCUACUGGGGUGAGGACUCCGAAGGAGACACUGGCACCAUUAAAAGAAGAGGUGGAAAAGAUGUCGCACUGGAAGCUGAAACCAGCAGUAUAUCAUCUAUGGCGUCAGAUGAGUCAAAGGGACUACCUAUACCAACACACAUAGCUGUAACUACAAGCUCUGCUAAAGGUCUUAUUGUGUAUUGUGUUACCACAGCAAGAAAAGAAGGUAGAUACCGGGAACCACCACCGACCCCACCAGGCUAUGUCGGAAUACCAAUUGCAGACUUUGCUGAAGGACACCCGCAAGUCUCAAGAAAGCCCCCUGAUUACAAUGUGGCUUUGCAGCGUUCCAGAAUGAUGGCUCGGAGGAGUGAUAGUGAGGGAGCCACAGCAAAUUCUCCCCCAUCUCAUAAUCAGCCUUCUUCUAGGCUAGUAAAUAAACCGCAGUGGCAUAAACCAACUGAGUCCGACCCGCGACUAUCUAGCUAUCAGGCACAAGGGGUUCCUGCAAAGGAUGAUGCAGAUGAUGAGCAAGUUUCUGCUGUGUAAGGAUCAAGGCUCUUUCUGUCCCAGGCUGAGCCACCUUCAAUGGAGAGCACAAGAGGAUGUCCCUCGUGACAGGAGUCUGUGGACCUGUUUCCUCCUACUCUGCCUUAAAGCAGCAUCGGGCAUCAUCUACCCCUUUGCCUCUCUCCCUGGCAUGUGAAAUACUGUGAAGAAAUCACCCUGGCACUUUUUGUCCCCACUCCCCCAAACUGUGUUGCUUGAAAUACACAGUGCAGCAACCUCCACUCUGGUGGCUGGCACCUUGCACAGUAUCAUUCCAGACUUCUCAACCAUCACAUCAGCCAUGAUGAACUCUGGUUGCACUUCGUAAUGCCUGGAAGGGUGUUUUUAUAUCUUCCUUUUCCAUUUUAAUCAUAUCCCUAGCAAUUGCCUUUCACUUGACUACAUUGAUCAAGCUAGUUAUGUACUUUCAAUAGCCGUUUUAACUUCAGCCGAAAUUGCAUUCGGAUAAUCUCUGCAUACUGUUUUGGGUUUUGUUUGUUUACAGUACUGUUAAUGUUACAACACAACCUCUUUAAUGUGCAAGGUCUUUGGUUGUUCCUAUGAACCUAACGCAGUAAAGAGGGACACACAAUUUA